UAUAAGAUACAGUAAGAUGCAAAGCAAGGGGUUUUACAAUACAAAGAAUUUCUCAAUAAUAUUGUAAACAAUAACAGACCAUUGGUCGAUGUGUGCUGUAAACAGUUUGACGUCAUAACUAUAUUGUGUAUUUUAGCACGGCUUCCAAUCAGCAUCCAGGACACUAUCCGUUUUAGAUAGACAGACAGAUAGUCUUCAAAUCUGUUGGACCAUUAAGAUGUUGUCAAUAAUCAAUAAGGCAUUUGACUGAUCUCUUCUGUCCUCCUCCUCUCAUGGUCUCCUCCCCUCCGAUGCGCUGCGCAUCAUCCAGCGCUCUCGCUCUCUUCAGCACGCGCAGUUCUCCAAAACGCGUCUUCUGUCUUUAUCCGAGCAGACCGCACGCAUCAUUCAACGCAUCCCCAGCAUCUCGCUCAUUCACCCGAGGUAGAGACAUACUGAGGCGAGAGGAAUACUGACACUUCACCUAAAGAGACGCGCGUGAGAGAGACAAGGUCGGCUGCGUGUUUCGAUCCGCGUCUGGACCCAAGUCGCUUUGGGUUUCAGGGGUCUUAAAUCUGGCGGCGAGGGUCAGGACAUGAGCCUGCUGUGCGGGGGCUUCGGCAUGGCGGGCUGGGGGUUCGCUUGGGUUCUGGUGCUGCUCGCGCUGUGGAGGCCCGGUGCCGCUUGUCCCGCGCUCUGCACGUGCACUGGCGUGAGGAUCUCGUGUGUGGAUGCGGAGCGCAGUAUCAUGGCUUUUCCCAUGCUGCAGUCCGACGCAGAGAUGGAGAACAUCACGGACAUAUACAUUGCAAAUCAAAGCAGUUUCACAUCCAUUAAUGAAAAAGAUCUCAACCUAUACCACAACCUCAGAAACUUAACGGUAACAAACACAAGGCUCACGUAUAUUUCUCGACAAGCCUUUCAGAACAACCUAAAACUUCAGUAUCUGAAUCUCAAAGAAAACAAUCUGUCGUAUCUUUCCUGGAGGAGUUUUCGCCAUUUAAACAUCUCAUACCUGCUGCUGGCAGGUAACCCUCUGCAGUGCUCAUGUGAAAAUGUGUGGCUGAAGCAGUGGAGAGGAGAGGAGGCUGAGGAGCUGCUGUGUGUGGAAGAAGGAGGAAAGAGGAGAACGCUCUCCUCGCUCACACUGCCUAACUGUGUUCUCCCCAGUGUGAUUCUCAGUCCCAAUAAAGUGACCAUGCUGGAAGGGUUAAACGUGACGCUGGCAUGCAACACUUCAGGAACGCCCACGCCUAGUCUUAACUGGAAUACCUGCUCACUCACUUCCAGAUAUGAGCUUGAGCGCUCGGGUCAGAUGUCAGAGCUCAAGGUCUUGGAUGUCUCUUCCCUGGACAACGGAUGCAAAAUCACCUGCAGAUCUGAUAACAUGGUGGGCGAGACUGAGGCCUCUGUGCAUCUGGACAUAUUGUUUCCACCCAAAAUCAGCAAGCUGAUGGAUGCUAUCUCAGACCACCACUGGUGCAUUCCCUUCAGUGUGUCGGGCAACCCAGAGCCUAAACUGAGCUGGUUAUUAAAUGGCAAUCCUGUGGAAGAGGGCAGCUUUAUCCGCACCAUGAUCCAUGAUUUCUCAGAGGGCGAAUAUCAUGGUUGUUUACAGCUGGACAGUCCAACACACAUCAACAAUGGAGAAUACACACUGCUGGCUAGAAAUGCAUACGGAGAGGACCGCAAGGCCGUAUUUGCUCAUUUCAUGCAUGAGCCGUGGAAUGAGUCAGUUACUGAUCCACUGUAUUAUGAUCCCACUACAGACGACACUCCACUUGGACCUCCUGAGGACAAAGUUGCUGUGUACGUGGUCGUGGGAAUCGCGGCGGUCACAUUCACGGGCUUCAUCUUGAUGCUUUUCAUUCUGAAGUUUGGACGCAACUCAAAGUUCGGAAUCAAAGGUCCUUCUUCAGUCAUCAGUAAUGAUGAUGACUCUGCCAGCCCUCUUCAUCAUGUGUCUAAUGGCUCCAACACGCCCUCAUCCUCUGAAAUGAAUGCAGACGCCGUCAUCAUCGGCAUGACCAAGAUUCCUGUCAUAGAGAACCCGCAGUACUUCCGCAGCACCGGCAGUCUGCUCAAAUCUGACACCUUUGUUCAACACAUUAAGAGACACAACAUUGUGCUGAAGAGGGAGCUGGGAGAAGGAGCGUUUGGGAAAGUGUUCCUGGCCGAAUGCUACAACCUGUCCACAGACCAGGAGAAAAUUUUUGUGGCUGUCAAGACUCUGAAAGAGGCCAGUGAGAAUGCCAGGAAGGACUUCCAUCGCGAGGCAGAGUUGUUGACUAAUCUGCAGCACAAGCACAUUGUCACGUUCUAUGGAGUGUGUGUGGAGAGUGAUCCCCUCAUCAUGGUGUUUGAGUACAUGAAACAUGGCGACCUCAACAAGUUCCUCAGGGCUCAUGGUCCUGAUGCUGUGUUGAUGGCUGAUGGACAGGUUCAGCAGCAGGAAGAACUCACUCAGUCUCAGAUGCUGCAUAUUGCACAGCAGAUCGCCGCAGGCAUGGUGUACCUGGCCUCCCAGCACUUUGUACACAGGGACCUGGCCACACGAAACUGCCUUGUUGGGGAAAACCUGCUGGUGAAGAUUGGAGACUUUGGAAUGUCCCGGGACGUCUACAGUACAGAUUACUAUCGGGUGGGAGGUCACACCAUGCUGCCAAUCCGCUGGAUGCCACCAGAGAGCAUCAUGUACAGGAAGUUCACCACAGAGAGUGACGUGUGGAGUCUGGGAGUGGUGCUGUGGGAGAUCUUCACCUACGGUAAACAGCCCUGGUACCAACUCUCAAAUAAUGAGGUGAUUGAGUGUAUCACCCAAGGACGUGUACUGCAACGACCCCGCACCUGUCCGAAAGAGGUGUAUGACUUGAUGCUGGGCUGCUGGCAAAGAGAGCCGCACACUCGACUCUACAUCAAAGAGAUCCAUAACCUGCUCCUCAACCUGGCCAAGGCCUCACCUGUGUACCUGGACAUCCUGGGAUAAGAGCAAACGUGUGGAUUCCCGAAACUGCCCCUCGAAUUACAUCCCUCUUUUCUCCAGCUUCAAAACCUUUCCUCCUCAUACAAAGUUUCUCUUCUCAAUGUAAAUGUCUAGAAAUGUUGGCAACGGGAUCUUGUACAUUAUGACUACAAAUACUGUAUUUCUGAACAAAUAACAAUGGAAUACACGUAUAAAACUGACCACGGUUGACCAUCCUCAACUUCUGGACCAAGUGAAGUCAUUGCCUACUCAAAAAGCUCUUUGACGCAACUGUAGUUCAGUGCUUAUAGGAACAGUUUACCCAAAAAUGAAAAUGAUGUCAUUAUUCACUCUCCCUCAUGUCGUUCCAAACCCGUAUGAUAUUAUUUUUUAGUGGAACCCAACUUUUUUUUUUUUUUUAAGACUGUUUACUGUUUAAUGGCUUAAAUUUCAGUCUGUUCCUCACAAGCCCUUCAAUAUAUUGAAUUGCUUCAGAAGACUUGGAAUAUACAGUAGUUGGAAACCACUUUUAUGUUGCUUAAAUCGUGUUUAAGUUCUUGGUCAUUAUUAAUAGUCAAAUGGCUGGAGCUAUGUAGUGAUUCUUUGAAAAAAAUAAUCCUUUUACAUUAAAAUGGAAAGAUAACAGCAUACAAGUUGAGUAAAUGGGUGAGUAAAUGAUGAAAGAGUUUUUAUUUUUGGGUGAAUAUGUUCAGGACUUAAGGAAGAGCCAUCCACCCUCAUUCUGCAUCACAGAGGAAGCAACAUCCACAUGAAAUCGGAUAGAACACCAAUGACAGAAGAAAAAUUCCACUUUUUCUGUCUGCUGGAGUCUUUGCUCAUGUCAGCACACGUCUGUUAUACAUCAUAUUCUGUAUAUGUAUAUUUAUACACUACCAGUCAAAAAUAUGGGCACACCUACACAAUCUUUAUUUUAUUUAUUGCUAUUACAUAGUAUUACUAUUUUAUUACUAUUUAAUAAUAAUAGUAAAGUAUAAUUUAGAAUAAUAGUAAAGUAGUAAACUAUAAUAUUACUAUUUAAGAAUAAUAGUAAGGUCAUCACAACUUUUAAAUAAAUGGAUAUGGGGAUUAACAAAACAAUUGUUUUAAAGCAAAAGAUUAUUCAAAGUAGCCACCCUUUGUCUAGAUUCCAGCUCUGCACACUUUGUACAUUCUCUCAAACAACUUCAUGAGGUGCGUCCUGAGAUAUUUGAAACCAUAUUGAAGGAGUAUGCUGGACACUUGACUGCUUUUCCAUCACUAUCUCCGGUCUAACUCAUCCAUUAAAAUAAAUGUAUAAACUAACAUUUUAGUUUUGUAAAGAAAUUCAUGUGUAGGCACAAUUUAUAUUUGUCUACAAAACUAAUUUCAAGCAUUCAAGCAUACUGUAAGCCUGUAGAUACAGGUUUUUAAGAUCACGAGAAACAUAAAUUUAGUCAAGUGUGUCUAAACUUUUGACUGGUAGUGUACAUCAAACUAAAACAACUGAACAUGUAACUAGCAUGGUGACAAAUGGUGACAGUCUGUAAUUAUAUCUAUAUAUACAUAUGUCACAUAUACAGUACAUAUGUGUUUAUAGAAGUGGGAAUUGCAUAUGUAGUUUCACAGUUGGGAGACUUUAAUUAAAUCCUGUACCCUGACAGAACCCUGAAAUGUUGAUGUAACCCACUAAACUGUGUUUAAUGCAAUAGUCUCCACAUCUGUACUGUCCAAACACUAUAUGUGCACUAUGGAGGGCUGGAUGAAGUCAUUUGAGACAUUGCCAUGCCUCAAGUCUGCGUGCAUUUACUACAAGAGCUUAAUUACGCAGAGUGGCCGAUUAUGAUGGUGUGGGCUAAAUUACAACCUCUUCCUUUCUAUCUCUCUCCUUCGCCAUGUUUUACUUCUACGUUAAAGCACUAAUGUAGUACUCAAGCUUCGGGUCGUACAACCGCUAUGGUGUAAUAUAUAUUUCAUUACAGGACAAAUGUCUCCUAUUAGCACCAACUCCCAAUAGAGCCAUAUUCACUAUCAGAUGAGAGGAGGGGAAGGAUGGAGAGAAUGAGAAGGCAAGAAAGAAGGGAGGAAAGUAAUGAUAAAGAGAGUUGAACAUGAGUCACUACCCUAAAAUCUACUUUUCUUCCUCUUUUUAUCACACAUAAAUGACUCCAUCUACCUUAUCACUACAGAGACCCAGCAUCCUUUGUGUUUGCAUAAUGUUCAUUAUUGCACUGUCAAUCUUCGCUCCCAUGUGAGACUUUGCACACUGUACUCAAUGCGACAAUGAGUCAACCGAACAAAAUCUUUAAAUCAAUUAAUUUUGUGGACUAGCUGACAGUAAAAUCCCCACAAAAGUAUCAGUUUUAUUGUGUUAAAGAUUAGUGGUUGGCCGAUAUGUGGUUUCAAUGGCUGAUGGAUGAUAUGAUGAUAUAAUGUAUACCUAAAACAAUAAUAUAGCCACACGAAUUUAAUGAUAGCAAAUGAGUUGUACUUCAAAUUUUUUAUUUUGACAAUAUUUUCUCAAAAUUCACUAAAACAUGAAAACUGAAAAUACAUAAUCCAUCGACCAAGCUUUUUUUGGCACUGAUUUUGAUACUGUUUCUAGAACAAAAUACCACUUCUAUUGUUCGAUUUAGUGUGCAGUUAUUGGUUGAUGCUAAUAAUCUCAAAAUGACCAAAUAUUGGCCUGGCUGACAUAUCAGUCUAUGACUAUAUUAUUGAACACGUUACAUUUUAUAUUACAUUUUAUUCUAUUUAUUUUGUAUUUAUUAACUUAAUGUGAAGAAAUUUUGUGUUUGAUGUUUGCCUGUAAGUUAAUACAUGAAAGUUCCCUUUGUUAAGGGUUUAUAAAGGGGUUCAUUAAUGACUAAUAAGCCACUUAUUAAUGCAUUAUAAAUCAUUUAUAUGUGAUUAUUACAACAUGAAUAAAAAUGGAGAGUUUAUUAUUCAAUAUUUGCCAAAUAGUGAGCCAUUUUACCUUACAUGUUAUAAAUGCGAAAUAAUACCUAUUCAACAUUAGUAACCUAUUAAAAUGUACCUAAAACCCUAAAACGACUGUACAAAUUAUGAUUUAAACAAUGUUACUGCUCAAAUAACACAUGAGUUUUAACAGAAGAUAAUUUGCUUUUAUAAAAUGAUAAGCUUCACAUUUCUGCCUUUAAACCAUCCAAAUAUUGGCCCCAUUCACUUCCAUUGUAAAUGCCUCACUGUAACCUCGAUUUUUGCUUUUUUUUUUAUGAAAAGUCUAAAUAAUUUUUUCUGGUAAUCAACAUUAUGCCACAAAUGCUGUGAAUUGAACCCAGAAUAUUCCUUUAAUGUAAAGUGGACACAAACCUAUGAACAUAAAGACAUAAUCCCUCCUUUUAAUCUGAAUAUAAUAGUCUAUUUUUGCUGCACUGUGACAUAAAUCAUGAAUUAGGCCAUUUAAUGUUUUUUAUUAAUUGAAGUAUGAAUAAGUGUAUUUAUUAAGCAUUUAUAACAUGUAAGUUCAAAUGCUCACUGUUUGCCAAGUAUUGUAUGAAUGUUGUUAUAACCACAUGUCAAUCAUUUAUAAUGCAUUUUUAAUUUACUUUUUAGUCAUGAAUGAACCCCUUUAUAAACCCUUAAUAAAGGGAACGUUACUGUAAAGAGUUAUCUUUAUUUUUUAUAUUUGUUUGAAAGUGAAUGUAGGGGUUAUUUCAGGGAUCCUCGAAUGGAAUGUAUUGAUGAAAUAGAAGGAUAGAAACAAGACAUGUUUUGAAUAGAAAGAGGAAAAAUUAUGUUGGAAUUUCAACAUGUCUUAAUACCAAUAUUCAACAAGUCAGUAUGAAAUGGUGUUUGCAGCCCAUUUUACUCCUGUAAUGUGGCGCAUUUCUGAGUGAAACAGGAUAUUCAACGAGAAAAAAAUAUCAAAUGGAUUUUAUCCAUUGGCAAUUGAUUGUCUCUACAUGACUUUUUCUUUGAAAUUCACAUUCACUGAUAAAUCAUGCACAAUAAUAGUAGGAACAUGUAUUAAGAAAGUAAAUGGGUGGAUUUUGAUUUCAUGUUGAUUUUAAACUUUAGAUGGGGCGGGUUCAGUGGUUGGGGUAAGGCUUGCCUUAAGCAAAAAUCUACAAGCAUCCUGCGAAAGAAUAUUAAACUGUGACUGCAUAUCAAAAAAUGUCCUCUUGUAAAUGUACAGAACUUCUGAUGUUUAAAUGCCUAUAAGCUAAACUACCGCCCACAAUUAAGCCAACAGACAGGCGCCUACAGCAUUAAAUCCAAUAUGCCUAUUGCUUUUUAAUAAUUUUCUCGAUAAGUUUUUAUAUAGGCCUACUGACAGUCGGGAGUUGUCUUAGGGAGAUUUCUGCCAUCACCCUUAUCUAUUUUGAAAGAUAUUCUUGGAAAAAGAUGUCAAGGCGAAUUACAAAAGUAUGGAGGAGUGUAUGAUAAUUUAGUUGGUGUGUUUUAUGAAGUUAUACAGUAACACACUCAACUACAAAUUACAAUCAAACGUUCUUGUCUGUAUGAUUUCUAUACCCAAAUGAUGACAUUCUCUGAGAAAUAUGGGCCAUUCAGUUGUCCUACAUUGUAUUUAAUAAAAGUGUAAUGUCUUACCUCA